AUGUCUUAUAAAAUUAGGGCAAAGAAGGAGCAAUCAUCGUCGUCUCUGAUUACGUCACUUCCCGAAGACGUCAUCAUUGACAUCUUAGCGCGUGUACCUAGAGGCGACUAUCCAAUACUCUCUCUCGUUUCUAAGCACUUCCGAUCACUCGUUGCGUCCCGUGAGCUAUACACAAGACGAUCAUUGUUGGGCUGCACCGAACACUGUCUCUAUGUUGUCCUCUUUAAGGGAAAAACCAAGGAGUACAAAUGGUAUAUUCUCCGCCGGAAAGCCAACGGCAAUCGCUGCUUCGUCCUUAUUCCUUGGCUUUCCGCUAUGCGUUACCGUGGAAGCUUUGUCCAAGUGGGUCCGAGGAUAUAUAUGUUUGGUGGGGAUCAGAAGAAUAUGGGGUUAAGCAUCGACUGCAGAUCUCACACGGUACAAACCCUCCCAGGCAUGCCUGUGCCCAUGUCUGAUACAAUCUUUGGCAUCAUUGAUAGGAGAAUCUACAUAAUUGGAUAUUGCCAUAAUGAUAGAUUGAGGAAGGUGAUGGUGGUGUUCAAUACAGAAACACAGAUGUGGGAGCCUGAGGUGAUAAAGUUAGACAAUGAGCUAUGGAACACGUGGUUGUAUGGUUUUGCGGUGAUGGCUGAUAAGAUUUACAUGAGGGAUUAUCGUUACAGCUUUGUUUACGAGCCAAAGAAGAAUAAAUGGGAAACAGACGAGGUGCUGAAUUCUAAGGAGUGGAAGUAUGCGUGUGUAGUUGAUGACUUACUGUACUACCACGAUCGGUACGAGAACGAGAUAAGAGCUUACGAUCCAAAGCAAAAGUGUUGGAGUGUGGUGAAAGGUUUGGAAGAAUCUUUGCCUGAUACGACAUAUUCAUGGUCUUCAUACACUGUGAGUUACGGUGGGAAAAUAUCUUUGUUUUUCAAUAAAAUUAAAGAAAAAACAUAUGAGAUUUGGUGUGCCGAGAUUUCCCUGGAAAGACAUCAAGGAGGAGAGAUUUGA